CAAUCAAGUUGCAAUGACGAAUGCAAGAAAUAAAUUGAAUCUGCAGCUUCCUAAUAUUUCAAUGGGUAUUGUGUCAUUUUUAUGCUUAAACCCUUGAUAGGCAUCUUCACCAGUUACAACGUCACGUGGUGGGCGUUGCUCAAGCCGUAAGUGAAACUGAAAGUGGACGGGAAAUAGGUUAGCACAAGCUUGCCUGAGAUGUACCUAAAGAGAAAGUCAAAAGUGUGAACAAAAGAGAAGAUAUCAAGACUUGAUAUGUUUGGGAUGCAAGCUCAGCUCCUUGCAACUUUUUGUGGUUUACUUUCAGUAGUAGUUUAUUAUGCUUAUUGGAAUUUCAAUCCUACCAGGACUGUUAAUAGAAAAGAUGCUUCUAAUUUUGUUGACCUUCUGGGAGGUCAACUAAAAGCAGACUUUGGCAUAUUUGCACUUGUGCCAUGUGAGCUCAAUAAUACAACUGCUUUUAAAUCCAGUGAUUGCUCUUGUGCCAAUGAACAGUUGGCUGGGAACUGUGUAUGCAAGACUGUCUGCAUUCUCUGGAAGGAGAUCCCUGAUUCACUGGCCUUGAAAUCUGUUGUCAAAUCGAUUUCAAAGGACGUGAAGUAUUCGACGUCAAAUAAGUCUGUAGCAGCUGAAACAAUAACUCAUUUUUUCAUAACUCUGCAACCUGAAGGAGUGCUGCAUUUUGCCAACUGGUUUCUGCAAGAAGAUGGGUCCUGGUGGUUUGAUCAGCUACCUCAUAACAUUCUGCCAUUUACCGAAUCCAAUGAUGGAUUUUUCGUCGGCAAAUACCAGGGAUGGAUGCCCAGGUUCCGUCUGGCUGAUAGAAGCAAGUCUUCUGUACUGGCUGAGCCAGCCGACCGUACUGCCUUCGUUCGUCACCUGCUCUCCUCCCGGUUCAUCCCCUGCGACCGUGAGAGGGCACACCAGUUCCACCUAACCGAGGGACGGGACGCGUCCGCAGACGCCGAGCGGUUCCGACACCGUGCCUGGCGCCUGCUGGCCGCUGCUGCCGCGGCCCUGGACGAGCUCGAGGUGCCCUUCUGGCUCAGCAGUGGGACUUGUCUAGGCUACUACCGGCAGUGCGACUUUGUGCCUUACAUGGGGGACGUAGAUAUCGGCGUACGGAUCGCCUCCGUACGCGACUGGGCCGGAGACACCCGCCUGCCGAGCCUCUCUCAGAUUGUGGAGGCCAUGGCCGAGCGACGUCUGCGCCUGGUACACCGGUUCGGACUGCCUGAAGACAGUCUGGAGCUGAGUUUCCGGUCGCCGGAUAACAUAAAGCUGGAUAUCUUCUUCUUCUAUGAAGAUGGGGACAUCAUGUGGAACGGAGGAACGCAGGCCCGAACGGGCAAAAAGUUCAGGUACGACUUCGCCGCGUUCGAGCUGUGCUGGACCGAGUUUCGGGAGCUGCGGGUGCGCGUCCCGUGCGACACCGAGCGUUACCUGAUCUCCAACUACGGACCAGAGUGGCGCGUGCCACAACCCGUCUGGGACUGGAAAAGCAGCCCGCCCAAUGUGCGCGAAAACGGCUACUGGACGCCAGAACAGAUGGAUGAAGCUGUGCAGUUGCUGGAGCCGUGAACCAUGCAGUUGAAGGAAUUGUGGUGUAGUCUGUGGUUCUCUAGUUUCGGUUCGAGGGGACCCAGGGAUAUGAUGCGAGUCGUAUAGAUUCUGUAUAGAUAAGCCGAAAGUGAUGCAGGGCUGUGAUACACGGUAGAGUGUCAGGGCCCAUGAUAACCUACCGAGCCAGUGAAGGGUGCGAAGGGAGGCUUCAGUGUCAGUGUAGUCAUGAAACGAUGAACACAUGGAAUAUCGUGCCAUGUGCUGAUAUAUAAUUGAUCAGCUGUGAUAGCGUGAGAGCGAGGCAACAUUUUACGUCUGUAUGUUGAAUGAUGAAAGGCAGACGUCUGUUUUUAGCGGACUUGUCCUGGGUUUUUGUACGUUGGUGUCCCCUUUCCCAAGUCGAGAUCUGUGACGAUGAGACUAGCUCGUGCCAUGUUCUGGAGAUUGGAUCCAGAAACCUUUCACAUGUUGCUGAGCCGGCGGAGUGAUAACGUAGUUUUUAAGAAACACGAUUUGAUGUGUCGUCAGCGAUGAAUUACAUAAUAUUUGGCAAGUGUAAUGCCGAAUGAUGAAAAGAGAUCACCUUUUGUUAUGAAAUAUUCGUGUGCAUGUCAUACAUAUUAGAUAGCUUGCGAAAUGAGAUCACCUAAUGCAACAUUCACUGCAAAUAUAUCAUUGUUUAGUAUCUA